CUAGAACUUCUUCAUCAUCAAUAACAAUUCAGCUUCAAGAUGUCUUACAGAACUUCGAUCAUCGAUUCCGGAUCAGAGAACGAAUUUGAGUCCCUGGACACAAAAAAGCCUUCUACUUCAAAGCAGGUCAAAACAUCGUUAAAAAGAGGGGCUGAAAAAACAGUAGACAAAAAAAACAAAAAAAAACAGAUGAAAACAAGUUCAUCAUACAGAGAAAUUCUCGAAGAGAAAUUGCGGGCGGAAGAAUUUGAUGAAGAGAUUUUUAAUUCUGUCACUUUUCGUCAGGGAGAUGGUUUGGCUACCAUCAAAAGCCAAUUUAAUCCAGACGAAAAGCCGACGGAUUAUUGGACGAUAACACAUUACAAGUGUGCGAAUAUACACAACGUCCCAACAAAGGAAAGGUGGCGACACUCUGAGGCAUCUGUCAAGGUGACGACAUCGGACAAGUCAAAAGAUCAGACUCUCAAUACAAGUUUAAACGAGACCAUGCAGGUUAUAUUUGAUGUAAUUUUGAAAGACCCGGAACGUCGUACAAUAAGAAAUAAAUUAGCCGCAUGAAAAAAAAAAAAAUGUAGUAUAAAAA